AUGUCCACCCUCCGCAUCCUCGCCCUGGCUGCCCGUCAACCCUCCCGUCUCCCCCCACCAUCCCGCCUAAUCCCCGUCCAAUCCCGCCACCUCGAAACCCGCCGCACCUUCUCCGCAUCGCCCUCGGCAAAGUUCCCGAUCGGCGUGGACCCUAAAACGACCGGCGGAGUGCCUUGGAGUAUUGGGGAGUUGAAUCAUGUUGCUAUUGCGGUGCCGGACAUCGACAAAGCAACGAGUUUCUACCGUGAUGUUUUGAAAGCCAAAGUGUCGGAGAAAGUGGCACUCCCCGACCACGGAGUCUACACCGUCUUCAUCAACCUCGGAAACACCAAAAUCGAGCUCCUCCACCCCUACGGCCCAAAAUCACCAAUAGCAAACUUCCUGGCCAAGAAGCCGGACGGCGGAAUACACCACAUUUGCGUGGAAGUCGAUGACAUCAAAGCGGCGAUGGCUGAUCUGAAGGCAAAAAAGAUCAGGGCGCUGGAUCCGGAGCCGAAGAUUGGCGCGCAUGGGAAGCCGGUUGUGUUUUUGCAUCCUAAGGAUUGUGGUGGUGUCCUUGUCGAGCUAGAACAGAAGUAG